GGAAGGGUCAGAGGUCAGAGGUAAAAGUUGACUUCGGUGAAAACAUGCUUGAGCACGGGGAUGUCCGCGUGGUUCACCGAGGAGGCAGCAAAAUAAACUUCAGGCAGCCCGUCAUCACCAACGACUCGAGCUUCCUCCUGUGCGCCUCGGGAGAGUGUGUGAAGGUGUUCAGCACCUCCACCGAGGAGUGUAUCCACGACCUGCGGGGUCACACCGGCCUGGUGACAGGAGUGCUGCUCAAACCCUCCAACCACCUGCAGGUCUACUCUUGCUCAACAGAUGGCACUGUAAGACUCUGGGACUUUACAGAUGGCAUCCUUAUUAAGACUUAUGUCAUCGGAUUCCCAAUUUACUCCAUCUAUGCAUCUGCAAACCAUGAAGGAGUCAUCUUUAUUGUUGUCUCCAAAAGUGACCAAAGAUCUGAGUUGUUCCAGCUGGUUGCGGUUCAACUGCCGCAGAGUGGAGAACAGUUGGUAGAGGCCCUAGAGUUGUCUGCUGUGCUUCCAGACGUCAGCCCAAAGCCCACAGCCAUUGCCUUUGGUAGAGGGGGGGAAUAUAUUGCUUCAGCUAAAGGUCCGCAGCUGGAGGUCUUCUUCUUCAAGAAGCAGAAAUCAUACAGGUUUUUCCUCAAAGAAGACAACAAGAAAGGAGGAAAGAACACAUUCACAUGUGUUGCGUGUCACCCGAAAGAUGACUGCAUUGCCACCGGGCAUGAGGAUGGAAAGAUUCGCUUGUGGAGAAACUUCAACCACAAGAAGGAGUACACAUAUUCCGCGCUGCAUUGGCACCAUGGUGCUGUCGGCUCACUGUGCUUCACUCCAGAAGGUACCAACCUGCUGAGUGGAGGUGUGGAGUCGGUGCUUGUCCAGUGGCGAUACAACCAAGAGACCCAGAAGGACUUCCUGCCUCGCCUCGGUGCUGCCAUCACACACAUUGUCGUCUCACCUGAUGGAGCACUGUUCUGCACCUCACACAGUGACAACAAGAUCACUAUCAUCCAGAGCUGUGUUAAAGUAUCAGCUGUCAUUCAAGGCCUGGUCAAAGGAGAUGGGGUGAGGACAGAUUUGAUGGUGGACCCACACAGCAAAGCCAUGGUUUUGAACGGCAAGCCAGGCCACCUGCAGUUUUACUCCCUUCAAAGAGACAAACUGCUGUACAAUCUGGACAUUGUGCAGCAGGAAUACAUUCAUGAGGAGGGUCUGAGGCAGUUUGAGGUGGUCAAGGCGGCCUUCACCGCCUCUGGAGACUGGCUUGCAACAGUGGAAGAAAGACAACAGAAGGCAGCCGAGCUGGAGCUUAAUUUGAAACUGUGGGCAUUUGAUGAGCACACACAAAGUUUUGUGCUGAACACGACCAUCUCGGCUCCCCACGAGGCACGGAUUACAGCCAUGUGCUUUUGCCAUGCCGCCGACAUUCAGACCACCAUGCUGGUUACCAACAGCAAGGACGGACACUUCAAAGCCUGGCAGCUGGCUGUACCAGCCCACACACAAGAUGAAGGUUCUUCCUGGUCGUGUGAUUUUGUCGGAGCCUAUCAUGGGCUGGUACCCGAGUGCUGCAGUUUCUCAGCCGAUGGCUCUUUGUUGGCUGUCAGCUUUCAGGAGGUGGUGACUUUGUGGAGCCCGUCGUCCUGGGAGCUCCUGACCACUCUGUCCCAGCCACCAGGUGCUAUUAGGCAACUUUGUUUUGGGCGUCUAAGCUGUUCCAAGUAUCUGCUGGGAGCCACUGCGAACAACCUGCUUUGCUGCUGGAACCUCCUCACCUGCUCCUUGGAGUGGAGCACUGUCAUGGAGACCAACCUUCUUCUGGUGGACCCUCUCUCUGAGAAUAUAGCUGCCUUCUGCUCUCAGGCUGGAUCCACUGACUUAUUUGUUUUUAAGCCAAACGAGCCCCGGCCAGUGUUUUCCUAUAAGGCUGUGUGUUCAGGGAAGGUGACUCGGGCUGUCUUCGCUCCGAGGGAGGAGAUGCUGGAGAGCUGUGAGGAGAGCAGCCAGUGGCUCAACUACUCUCAGCUCUACUUCCUCACUCAGUACAUGGACCUCAUGACGUUCAGCACCAAAGCAGAGGAGGACAAACUGAUGGCCUCCAGCAAGCAGCUGGUGAUCGAUGACAGUAUCGCCAUGACACCAUUCUGCCUGUUGCUGGGGAAACACCGGCAGCAGCAGGAGAAUCAAGACACACUGGGCGGCCUGUCUGCAGAGAGAACACCUCUGCCACAAGGCUCUGUUGCUAUCAAGGAGCACUUCUGGAACUUGGGCUUCUCAUGGUUCAGCAUAUUCAGAUCCCUGCUAACUGUGCACACGGGAACUUUUGACUUGUUCUGUUCCGGUCUUAUCUCUAAAAUGUGCAGUCAUGUUAUCCUUUUUUUCCCUCACUUGUGUUCUUGUGGCUUCAGGGAGGAAAACAAACACGAAGAGGAGGAAAUGGAGAGCGAGAAAGAGAACUCAGAUGAGGAAAUGGAGCCUGGAACCUCGAGACCUGAGCUGGUGCCAGUGGAAGGCAAGGUCACUGAGGCUACAGCCCCCCCUCUAACAAAAGCCCAGGUUAGGGAACUGAGGAGAGUGAAGAAACUUGACCACAGCUGGAUGCAUAACAUUCUGGACACGUGAAUGUGACCUUGGGAAAAAAAAAUGUCACACACAUACAGUGUCUGUACAAAGUUUUCACCACAUCCAUAGAUUAUUUUCCAUUAUGUGUUCACGUUUUUCUUCAAUAAGUAAGACCUAAUUUCAUUUUAAACAAAAAAAGUCUCUGCAGGUGCAAAACAGAAAUAUUUGAUCCAACAAUUAUCUGGCCCUUUGGAUCAGUUUUACACAUAAAAACAAAAAAUCUCCACACACUUUUUCUCUGUAAAAAUUGCUGAGGCACUGUUGCACAAGAUAUGUGUGGGAUCAGCAGUUUUCUGACAUGGACUCUUGAAUGUUAACAUUGCUGUUGAUACAAAGUCUGACCUGUGUGGAUUUGAUGUUUUUUUUUGUUGUAUUUUGUUAAAUAAACCUUUGCAACAGGUUCUCCUGCAGGAUUUCA